AUGGCUUCAGGGCAGCUUGAACUCUCUCCUUCGGAGGUCACCUUCCUAGAAGUCCUCCAUGACAGCGAGGAGUCGGUGAUCUACAAAGUAUCCGUGCAUGGAAUGGACUGUGUUAUGAAAGUAUUCCACGAGAGACCUAGACAAAAAUGGGAUCCACCGGAGAACGAAGUCAGCCUGUGCAUGCGCGAAGUCGCCGCCUAUCAACGCUUAAAAGCCAAGGGCCUCUGCGCGCUAGGCGUUGUCCCCAACUUCUACGGUUUCAUGACAGAUAUCGACGUAACCUACUGGCCUAAUCUGUUUCCUUUUAAUCGGGAUACCCCGCCCGACAGCCUCCUUCCUAAAGCCAUACUGAUCGAGUACGUCCCGAACAUGAAGCAAAUCGAACUGACAAACUACAUGAAGGAGAGGGCGGAGACAUUGCGUAAUACCCUGUUCGAGAUGAACCAGAUAAAUAUCCUCCAUGGCGAUAUCUAUCCGAGAAACAUGAUGGUCUGCUCGGGAGGGAAAGAACGAGUGCUGUGGAUUGAUUUCGAUGUGUCCCGCACUUUGCCAGAGGACAAGUCCCUCACAGAAGAGCAGCAACGAUGGUUCGAUCUCGAGGCUCGUUUGAUGAACACCUUUGUCAAUAAUAUGGCCGCUGAUGCCGUGGAGGGGAAGCUCCACAAGGCAUGGCCCUGCUACUACGAUGCGACAUACACGUAUUGGAAGCGGGUCAAAAUGGGACUGAGCGGCUGGAAAAGAUCAAAUUGGCCUGGUCCUGGCGUAGCAAAUGCAGACAACGAAGACAGCGAAGACGAAGACGUCGGAGCCAUCGAUGACGACCAAAUCCCGAGACCAUGGAUGGAGUUUUAA